GAGGAAGCAAAUUGCAAGUUUCAACUUGCAGCUUGUUCAAUAUACAGUUCAUGGAAACGCCGUUAUGGUUAGUUUCUGUUUUGGGAUACCCGUCUGUGACUGAUAUGCCUAAUCAUCAGUUUCCAAAAAGUUCAGAUCGUUUUAAUUUGUGGAAAACUGGUAUGGUCAUUAUAGAUCAGAUUGUGCAACAGAAUAAUAUGACUAUAAACCAUAUUGAUCACAUGGAUAUAGACUGUGAUACACACAAAAAUUCAAACAAAUUUGAUAAUGCGAAUGAGAAGCUUUUUAAACCUCCUUCACCAACAUGCAAAAAAUUUGAAAAGUUGGGGAAAAAUAUAAGGAAAGCAGAUCUUACACCAAGAGCUUCUCGUCUGCACUCUGUAACAAAAACAUUGAGAAGAAAACAAAUUGCCACCAUGUCAAGAAUGAAAUCUUUUCAACAAAAAUUAUUCAAACUUUGAUGUCCUCCAAUUGGCAGAUUCAGAGACAGUUUAUAGAAAUUCAAAUACCUAUUGCAAGGUAUGCACCAAGGGUAUACAAACAAUUUUAUAAUAUAACUGCUAUGGAAAAAGCUCUUGAACUUGGAUUCGUGGGUCCAUAGAGCUAUACUUUGUGUAACCAACAUCACAGCAAUUCAUAAAUUGAAAUUCUAUACAAGAAAGUUAGAAUGGGAAAAAGGAAAACAUUUCAGUGGUAUCAUUAAACUGUAUGGACAGGAUAUUAUACCGCUGUAUGAUGCUCCUCAUCUUAUUAAGAAUGUGUGUAAUAACUUACUGAAUUAGGAUUUAGAAAUAAAACACAAGGAGACAGAAGAAAAGGACAGGAAGUUUGUAGCAUGAGAUAUUAUUUCUCUCGCAUACAAAAUGGAUGCCCAUGCAGAGAGUUUGUAUCAAAUGGUGCCAAAGUUUGCAGCUGAGCAUGUGAUAAGAAAACGAAUUUAAAAAAUGAGAGUAAAAAAUGCAACAUAGGUACUAAGCAGGAUAGUAUCCGGUAUUGUACAUCAUCAUACAAGACUUGAAGUUCCUCUUUGCCGUGACUGCAGAGGGUAUCAUUUUUCACAGGAGAAGAAUUGCCAACCCCUGGGGAAGAUUCAUGGCCGGUAUUAGGAAUAGCAGCUGAUUCACGCGAUUGUUUAUGACAAAUGAUGAAGACGGUAUAUUAGUAAUACCAUUGUUUUGAGAUUUUCCUGUUACUUUGGUCUCAGUAUGGGAUGCUGCUAUAGUACCGCCAUGGGAUGUUGCUACAGCUUUUGUAAAGAAGACAGUGGACCACAGAGUGGUGAAGUAAGUGAGAGGACUCACUUGUUGGUUGACCCUGUCAGCAAUACAACAAAUAUUCUUCAUGUACACAGUGAUGAUUAUGUUAACCACUAUGCAAGUUCUGUGCCAAAGAAGACAGAUGAACAAAGUGCACUCAACAGAAUACUGCAUGAAACAGCAGCCAAUGUCAUCGAUAUUGGUGCAUUGGAUUCACAUAAUCUGGAACAGCACGAAUAUAUGGAUCGAUCAAAGGCAUAUUCCAAACGAAUAGAAACUGUUGGGGUCAAGGUCCCUGAUAUUUCAUCCUGCCUACUUACAGAUAUUCCUGCACCAGAGAGAAUACUUUCAACGGAACCACUCCCAUCAGCAGAUCGACAAUUGAUUAAAGAUAUGUUGGAUAAAGCCGUAUCUGCAUUGGGGGACGUAAAAGUGGAACACAAGGAAGAUUUGGUAGUUCCUUUCUUAUCGUGAUUUUAAAGUCAUUUUCAGUUUUGGAUGGGUUAAUUUCGUUUUGCCCAGCUUCAAUAGAAUUUAUGUUUAACAUAACCAGAAACACAAAAAAAAAUAAUUUAAUUCGUCGUGUAAAUUCUUCACAAUCUGUUGUUUAUGAUGAUUUUUGUUUAAUUGGACUAAAAAUAAGUGCAAGUGAUAUGGUGCUGUAAUAUGAAUACACAGAAUCAUUGGCAAAUAUAUAAUUCAGAAUGUUUCUAAUGUUGUAAAAAUUAACACAGGUACUUUGUAAAAUAAUAUUUCAUUUUUUUUGUAUUAUUUAAAUAUUAGCAAGCUCGUAAAGGAUUAAGUCCAUUUUUAUUGCAACAAUUUAAGUAAAAUUAUUAAUGAAGAAUGUCUGAUUAAUCAUAUAAAGAUGCAUUUUCAGUGCGUUGCUGAGAAUAAAUUAUGAAUUAAACGUUUGAUAAUCGUGUAGGCGGAACAUGAUAAUACAUCAUGUUUGUGCAUUAUGCCAGAAAUAUAACAGGCUGUUCUAUCAAUAUCACAAUUGAAAUAUACAUUAAUAAAUUUAUAGCUUAUGUAUAUAUAAGCAAAUCAAAAUACGUAGUAAAUAAUGAAUAUCGAAGUUGUACAAUAAAUUAUGUAAUUCAGUUGUAA